AUGGAUUGCCAAGUUAGCCGCUUUUGCAACCUUAUAUCGAUGCAAUUCCGAUACCGCCUUGUCUUUGUAUGGAUCAUUCUUCCAUUGCUUCUAUGUGGUACUCAUGGAUUGGACGAUUCGGAGAGUGCCUCUAGGCUGACAUGCAGCGCUGAUUCUUAUAAAUCAUUGAUGACAAUUCGCACCUUGGGUAGGAAAUGGACUGCAGACGCUAAAGAUAACGGACGAAAAUAUUGGUGGAUUUUGCAUUCAUUCUCCAAGCUAUUUCUCUCAUCAACGACCAAGGAAGAAGUCGAUGAGCCUAGAUUUACUCUCGACCAUGAUGACUGCAACCGUGUACGGGUAGAUGCUCAAGAAAAUGGAUAUUUUAAGACGCAAUACUUUCUUACGGCAAAAUAUUGCAAGCGUCCGGUGAUUAUUAGAUCGAAACAAUGUCUUUGGGCCUUUAGUAUGUUAUCUGCAUCAGCAAGGACAUGUCUACUGGUGAUUUACGGCAUUAAGUUUGUAAUCCUGUACUAUCUGGUAAAGUAUCAGCUUGGAAAUGACGAAUCGACAACCGAAGAUCAUGAAAUAGAUGCUGCCAACUCCAAAUUAGAAAAUAAAUCGCAAGUAUCAAGCGAGGACCGAGUUUCCAAUGUGUGUCAGUCUAGAAAACGUGAAUCGGCAGCCGAUGAUCAUAAAGUUAAUGCUGCUAACUCAAUAAUAGAAAUUAAUUCUCAAGUGCCAAACGAGGGCGAAGCUUCCAAUUUGAAUAUCAACACUGGUAAUGGAGAGAUUAUGCAAAUUUCACGGUUGCAAAACGAAUUCGAACUAAAAGAGAAGCUUGGAAGUGGUGGCUAUGGUGUUGUGAUGAAAGCCAGAAACAAAUUGGAUAACCAGGAUUACGCACUUAAAAUAUUGCAAUUGCCUAACAAGGAUGAUAAGCGUGAAAAAGUGUUACGCGAAGUAAAGGUACUGGCGAAACUAGAUAACAUUGGAACGAUACGUGAAGAAAGCGAGUCCAAUUCUCAGUUUUCGCAUAUGAAUAUUCACAGACUAUCAAGUUUGAUAGAAAGCGGUAGUGAUUUGGUAGAAAUCGCUUUUAAAAUGAAUGACGACCUUACUCCCAGUAAUUCGAGCUCAAGAAUUAUCUUCGAAGAACGAGAUGCGACAUUACCGUUUGCUAGUAGCAGACAAUCCGAUAGCAACGCAGUUGAGAUGACAUCAUCGUCAUCUUAUGUCCAUUUCGGUGUUGAAAAAGCAAGAAAAUACCCUCAGUCUUGUCCGACAGAAGUGGUAAAGCCUUUUAGCUAUUUAAUCAUUCAAAUGCAACUAUGCCAUUCGGAAACGUUGAGCAAAUGGUUGCAAAUACAUCAUCAAAAUCGGAACAUUAGUAUAUGUUAUGAUAUAUUUGAUCAGCCCGCCAACAUAUUCUUUUCUAUGGAUGGCCUUAUAAAAAUUGGCGAUUUUGGAUUAGCAAUUGAUUACAAUGACUAUGACAUGAUAGAUAAUUUAUCCCAAAGCACGUCUAAAGGUUAUAAACGUGAAAUAUAUACUAGGAAUGUGGGUACUUUAUUAUAUAUGAGUCCUGAACAGGUGUAUGAGAAAUGUUACAACCAAAAAGUAGAUAUUUAUGCAUUAGGUAUAAUACUUUAUGAGCUGCUUCAUCCGAUGGGAACUGGAAUGGAACGAAUCAAACUCUUAUCUAAUUUACGAGAGCGGAAUGAGUUUGAUAAUACGUUUAGCAUGGACAAGCCUUUAGAGGCGAAUUUCAUAAGAUGGUUGCUUUGCAGUAACCCAAAACAACGCCCGCUUGCUGAAGAAAUUCUAGCGAGCGAAGUAUAUGCUAAGAUUAAAGUGUUAUAA